CCUUCUGACAGCAAAACGUAAACAGAAACGCAAAGCACGAGGAAGCUGGAAAUCUUCCCAAACUGGACGGAAUAAAUACAUAGCGAGACGGAAAAACCAUGGGAAAACUCGAUGUAACAAUACUUCGGUACCUCACCAAGGAGGAUUUCCGUAUUCUAACAGCGAUUGAGAUGGGCAUGAAGAACCACGAGCUUGUGCCGGGAGUUUUGGUGGCGGCUAUAGCCAGUCUCAAGGCGGGUGGAAUCCACAAAUUGUUGCGCGAGCUGUGCAAACAUAAACUUCUCUCAUACGAACGAGGCAAACGAUUUGAUGGAUACCGGUUGACGAACUUGGGGUACGAUUAUCUGGCGCUAAAGUCGCUUACAUUGCGCGGAGCCAUCUCCGGGUUUGGCAAUCAGAUCGGCGUAGGCAAGGAGUCCAACAUCUACACCGUGGUGGACGAGGAGGGCAAGUCACUGUGUCUGAAGCUGCACCGGCUCGGCCGUGUGUGCUUUCGCAAUGUGCGUGAAAAGCGCGACUACCACGGCAAGCGACGCACCAUGAGCUGGCUGUAUCUGUCGCGUAUUUCGGCCACUCGCGAGUUUGCCUACAUGAAGGCGCUGCACGAGCGUGGCUUUCCCGUACCGGAACCAAUCGAUUUCAACCGGCACUGCGUCAUCAUGGAGCUGGUCAACGGAUACCCGCUCACGAAUGUGUCCGAGGUGGGCAACGUGGAGGCACUGUACGACGAUUUGAUGAAUCUAAUCGUGCGGCUGGGCAACUGUGGCGUCAUUCACGGCGAUUUCAACGAGUUUAACAUCAUGAUAACGGACGACCAGCGCCCUGUGCUGAUCGAUUUUCCGCAGAUGGUUUCGACCUCCCACCUGAACGCCGAGAUGUACUUCGACCGGGACGUGCAGGGUGUGCGGGAACUGUUCCGCAAGAAGUUUGGGUACGAAAGUGAGGACUAUCCACGGUUCAGCGAUCUGGAGCGGGAUGACGAGCUCGAUCGGGAAGUGCUCUGCUCGGGAUACGGGUUCACGCAGGAAAUGGAGGAGGAUCUUUUCAAGGAGUAUCACGAAGGCAACAGGCCAGACAAUGCUGAUGAUGAACAAACAGACACUGAGGACGAAGAUACAGACACUGGUAGUACGGUUGCUGAGGUUGAGGCAACAGAACACGAGCAGCCCGCUGUGGAUGAGAAAGAGCUCGAAGAGUGUCGCCGCAAGCUGGAGGAAGAGAUAAAGCUGUCUGAAGAAAAGCCACAAAAGGACAUGAAAAAGAAGGAGCACAAUGCAGCCAUUCUCAGCUAUCUACAGUCGCUGUCAGGGCAGGGUGAACUGGAAAUGCCUGAUCGCAAUGAAGACGGAGAGAUCGAGCCGGAAAAUCAGUCCAUCAUCGAGCAGCGCCAGGAAGAGGAGGAUUAUUUCCCUGCCGAGCCACUGGUGCAGCCGAACGCCGCUGGCCGGGACCAUGUAGAAUCCGAUGAUCCGGAGAGCGAGCCGGAAGAUGCAACGAUCGAUACCAACUCGCGCCAGUACCGCAUGGCGAUGGUGCGCAAAUUGCUUGACGAUGCGCGCAGUGUCCGCUCGUACUCUACCACAGCCAGUACGAUCGCGCCAACGAUAAUCAGCGAACGGACCAAGGGCGACAUUCAGCUGCGCGAAAAGAAGGACAUGAAGAAACGGCUCGUACCGAAGGGAGAGGCCAGCGCGGUCCGGCGAAUGCGCAAGGAUAACAAUGCGAUCAUGAAGGAGUAUCGUGGUUGGGAAUUUUAGAGUACUAAUAGAUUGGUCUAAUAAAGCAUUUGAGUUUCGAUGGUUCAAACAUAUAAAUAAAUAAUCCAGUUAUA